AUGAAGAAUCUUUUUAUUAUACUUUUUGUCUUUACUGUUUUUAUUACUUUUUCUGAAGCACAAUUUUUCGGAUAUGGACCAUAUGGUAUGGGUUAUGGAGGUUAUGGAGGUUAUGGUGGAUAUGGCUAUAGACCUUGGAGACAUUUUGGACCAUACGGUUAUGGUGGCAUGGGAGGUUAUGGAAUGGGUUAUGGCAUGGGUAUGUGGGGAAAAUAG